CUUAAUGCACCACGCAUUCAAUCCUGACUACUAACGAAGUGAACUAGAUUGUUGGUGGCAGCCCCCUUGAUGUGAGAUUUAGGUUUAUGGUAGAACACUAAACUCACGGUAUGCAACAGUUCCCUGCAACAAUCAGCGCAAAGGCCAAAGGAAAACAACGUUCGUUGGGACACAACCCGGCGUUCUUCGAUCAACCGCCACAUCCUUCUGGCAAUACAAAGGGUCGUCAUAUUCGAUUUGGAAUUGGACCCUCAUCCAGCUCUGCUCACCAGCAGGCCUCCCUGAGGACCACCGGUCGGGAGCGGCGUAUCCUACCAUUUCCAAAGAUAUGGAAACGGAUUCGUCAUCCUCGAUCUUCGAAGUCCAAUGUAGGGGAAGCUCACCAGAUGUCUCCAAGAUCUGCCAGCCGGGAACGGCGUAUCCCACCUCUUGGCAGCGUUUGGACGCGCAUUCGUCACCCUCAAUCCCACAGGGAAACGUCGACUCCAGAUGUUGUCGAGGUAGCGACUGCACAAGCUAAAAGAAGGAUUGUAGUUUCACGUCCACGUAAGACGACAACUCAGUCUUCUAGUAGUGCCAAGGCGAUUCCCCGUUCGCAGUCUGCGUCGACUGCGGCAGGCUCUGCUCGGGCGUCUGGUGACGUCAGGCAUAAUUACCAAGCAACCGCAGCGUCACCUUUGCCCCGCGAAGUUACAUCUCAGAAUGAAUCGGCACAGUCGUCUAGGCAAGCUGGUCUACCAGGACAUACACAAGACCACGUCGAUAGAGGGGACCGGGAGAGCGUUGAUUCAGGUAUUAUGUAUACCGAGCGUGAUACCGAGAGCGUCGAAGCGCAUGGAUGCUGGAAUGUUUUCUGGAAUUGGUUGUGUUACAAAGCGUUCUGAUAGUGCUCAUCUCUUGCUUGACUAUGUUCUAUGUAGUAUGAUAUGCUCUAUGUAAAUAUGCAAACCUGUUCUCAUGUGGCUA